UAAAAUGUAAACAACGUAUUGUUUGGUAAACAAUAACGUCGCCCGCGGAUUUGUAAACCAGCUCGCUUGAUCACGUUUUAAUAUUUUAUUUUAUAUUUGAAGAUUAGUAGCUAGCUAUGGCUCAGAAGGUGGGAGGUCAUGAAUAAGUUGAUAUGGUUAGUUAGUAAGCACGUUGUCUGGGUGAACUAUAUUUUGUCAUGAUAAAUCUGACGGCUCUAGCUAACGUCGUUAUCUAGCUAAUGUAACAGCUGUCAUGUAGCUACUGUGCAAGCAAGUUAAUAUCACUGACGUCACUAGGAGAUGGAACAAGUCUUUGUAAGCCGCACACAACUAGAUAGGUAACUUGCUGGUAGCUGUUACAGGGGCAAUCUGCGAUUCAAACAACAACAAAGCGGAGACCCCGCCAUCCAGAGAUGUUUAAUAGUCACAUGUACAGGGUUGCAGGUGUGAUUGCAGGGUACAGUGGAAAUCUUAGGCUCUGAGCUCCAACAUGCAGGACGAAGUGAAAUAAAACAAUAACAUUGGAAUUAAAAAACAAAAAUAUUAAUAGAAAUAUAUAGCUGACUAGUGGUGAAAUAGCAGGUAGCUGACUAGUAGUGGCUAUUCAGCAGCCUGAGGGUAGAAACUAUUGGCCAGUCAUCCAGUUCUUGCCAUGAUGCUCCUGUACUGUCCGAGUCUAACUGAUUGAAGCGAGGAGAACAUGGCGUGGCUACGGGGUCCCUGAUGAUCUUCUUGGCCUUCCUGCAACACCUGGCGUUGAUUUGGUACGCAGCUGGAGGAUGGUAGCCUGGUUACCAGAGAGCCCUAUUUCUGCCCAAAAUCUGUCCACUUCAGCAUAGCCUUAAUUAUUAAGCAGAUUUACCUGUGAACCCCCCCACUGUGUGCUCACUCCAUGGCUGGCCUGGGCCACAGCCGAGGUCGCGGCAAGGGGUACAUGAGCUUCAGUAUGGAGGCAGUCGGGAUUGGGAAAGGGGAGAACCUGCCCCCUUCAAUUCUCCAGCGUAUACCUCUGUUCCCUCCCGUGGAACACAAGCCUGUCCCCUUGGUGAUGGGAGAGGAAGCAGAGUACAUGUUGGCACUGAAGCAGGAGUUCAGUGGAAACAUGAAGAACCUACCAUUUUAUGUCCGUCCAGCCGUCUCCAAGAAAGAUGUGGAGCGGUAUUCUGAUAAAUAUCAGAACAGUGAGCCGUCAGACAACACCAUUGAGUGGAAUCCAGACUGGAAAAGGCUACCAAAAGAGCUUCGAAUUCGUGUCAAGAAGGCCCUAAAAGAGACUAAGUGGAUGAUACAGUGUUGUUUUAUACCUCACAUUGACUGACUGGAUAUUUUUACACCUCUCUUAGUGUGGAGGCAACUGUGGACUCCAAACCCAGAAAAAAGACCCGGGUGGACAAAGAGGAGAUCAUCCAUAAACUAGAGACAUUAGAGGAGGAAGUGACCUCAGGUGAAGAGGAAGGGGAGAAGAAGAAGCAGGAGGAAGAGCAGCAAGAUGGGGAGGAGGAAUAUGAUGAAGAAGAGUUUGAAGAGUUAAGCAUCUGUAGCCAAUGUCAAAUGGCUCGCUAGUAAGCGGUGUGCGCUAGUAGCGUUCAAUCAGUGACGUCACCCACCCUGAGACCUGAAGUAGUUGUUUCCAUUGCUCCACAGUGACAGGUAACAAUGCUUCCUGGGUGACCGUUGUCGCUUCGUUCAGAUGGUCCCAGGUUAGAGCAAGGAGAGGAGACCGACUAUAUCAUGUCGUACUUUAACAAUGGAGAGGAGUUCGGAGGGGACAGUGAUGAAAACAUGGAUGAGGCCGUUUACUGAUACUUUGAAAAACAACAACGACAGAGCAUUGAGCAUGCCCAGGACCCAAGAGUCCUGGGAAAAUAUAUGUGACACUCCAGAACUGAGAGACACUCCAAAGCUGAGAGAAUGUGCUGUUGUUCUUAGGUCCAUCUUGUAUACAUGGCCUGAAAUUAUCUUAACUCGACACAUGCAUCUUCCAAAUAACCCAGGAUUCAGUCAGUUCCUGGCUUAAAAAAUAAUUUCAGCAGAAGAAGCAGGUCGCACAGUUCAAACCUGCAAUAGUUUUAAAUAGCUCUUAAGUGUGGUGGUGUUAUGGAGAGAGAAGUACGUCAUUCUUCAUAAGCAGACAUCUUUUCUCCGUUUCACCAAUUAUUGUGUAAUUUCUUAGGUUUUUAUCCAAUUAUAGAAAUGUUAAAUAACUUUGAAGAUAUAAAAUGAAGGUGUUUAACACCAAUUUUAAUGUUAUGUUGUUUUAUGUAGUUUAUAUGUAGUUUUAAAAAGUUAUGCUUUGUAAAACUUUUAUAUCCAUGUAAUAUCCCAAUGUUGUUUGUUAUGAAAGAGGAUUUUACUUCACUUGAAAUUCUGAAAGAAUAAAUGGUAGCUAAUUUGUAAACUAGGCAGUUUUAUUUUCUAUGCUGCACAAACUGUUUUCCAACUAGAAGCUGUACUGGUUCACCAGAUGCCGCAUGAUAAUACUUAUUUCACACCAAUAGGUGGCGUAGUGCUGAAAGUUGAAGCAGCACACACAAAGUUAUCAGCAAUAUGCCAUGCUCAGUCAAUACACAUAUUUACAUAACAACUGAUAUUUUCUGACCUUCAUUUUCUAUUUUC